AACAACACAUUCUUCUAUUCUUCAUCUACAUUUCAGGGGGAAUCCGAUAACAGGAUCAAAGAAAGAACCAGGAAGAUCAUCCAUGACGGAACCAAAACAGAGCUUUCUUUCUGAAGAGAAGAAAAAUGUGAAUGGAAGUAGUAAGGAAGAGAGAGAAUCGAUGUUUCAUGGAAACGAAACUCAUGGAAGAAGUGAAGACAUUGAUGAGAAGACAAGAGUCGGUGAUGUUAAAGGACCUGGUGUUCUCGGGCGGAUGAAGGAAGAGGUGGAAGCCAUUGUUGACGCUGUUACUCCUAAGAAAAGUUCAGACAAGUGAUGAUUAGUAAUUUAGUAGGAUCUCUUCUUGUUCCUAGGGGAUCCGGACACAAUCUAUAUAUGUAUGCAUGCCUCUGUGUAAGAAAUGUAACCCCACCCUUCUUGCUUAAUAAAAGACACGAGCUCUUUUAGAUGCUUGACUAAACCA